AUGGGGGCGUGCGUUUCCCGUCCGGAGAACUGCGUGGGGGGGAAAUCCGGCGGGCUGAGGAAGAAGAAGAACAGAAGGAGGAGAAAGGUUUUGAGGAAAAGGGCUCAUUCCCAUUUGUCUGAUAUGUCUUCGGACAGUAGAAUCGAAAAGCUUACACCUUUACCCGAGGAUCGUGCCUUCAACAACCCUACUUUUCAUGGUAGUGUUGAGGAGGCAUGGUUCGAUUCUGCUGCUAUCCUUGAUUCAGAUUGGAGUGACGAAGAUUACCAAAGUAUUCCCGAUGAUGUUCUCUCUCUAAGCGGCUCAGCCUCCGAAGAGCACUCUGAACCUUCGAGUGCCCUAACAUCUGCACGCAAUUCCACUCACGGAAAAGUCACUUUUCCUCAUAACAACUCGCUUAUCGGGCCAAAGCCCGUUUACGCUGACGAGAUCUCGGGCUCUGGCCCACACGGAGAAACAUCAACACAUGAUGAUGAUAGCUUAUUGGAAAACUGUGGAAUUAUCCCGAGCAAUUGCUUGCCUUGCCUGGCUUCGGCUGUUAAUAAUGGUGGUGCGGUCGAAAAGAGACGGGAUAAGAAAAAAGAGCUUGCUCCGAAUUGUGCUGCGUAUUAUCCAUUCGGUCUCGACGUGUUUUUAUCUCAGAGAAAGUUAAAUCACAUUGCUCGAUUUAUAGAACUUCCCUUUGUAAAACCUUCUGGGAAGCUUCCACCUAUCCUUGUCGUGAAUGUUCAGAUACCUUUAUAUCCUGCCGCAAUUUUUCAAGGUGAAACAGAUGGUGAAGGAAUCAGCUUUGUUUUGUAUUUUAAACUUUCUGAAAGCUUUGCCAAAGACCUUCCACCCCAUUUUCAGGAUAAUAUUCGGAGGUUAAUCGACGAUGAAGUAGAAAAAGUCAAAGGUUUUCGUUCGGAAACAAUUAUUCCCUUCCGAGAAAGAUUGAAAAUAUUGGGCCGUGUGGCGAAUGUGGAAGACCUUCCAAUGAGUGGGGCAGAACGAAAACUCAUGCACGCCUACAAUGAAAAGCCCGUGCUUUCGCGCCCUCAGCAUGAGUUUUACUCUUGUUUUUUNAAUGUGGAAGACCUUCCAAUGAGUAGGGCCGAACGAAAACUCAUGCACGCCUACAAUGAAAAGCCCGUCCUUUCGCGCCCUCAGCACGAAUUUUACUCUGGCGAGAAUUAUUUCGAGAUCGACUUGGACAUGCACAGAUUCAGCUACAUUUCGAGGAAAGGGUUCGAAACAUUCCUGGACAGACUUAAGCUGUGUGUUCUGGAUUUCGGAUUAACAAUUCAGGGCAAUAAGGCUGAAGAGUUGCCAGAGCACCUUUUGUGUUGUGUAAGAUUGAAUGAAAUUGAUUAUUCAAAUUAUUAUCAGCUUGGGGUUUAUGAGGAGAAUCUUGAAUAA